AUGUCCAAGAAGAAUGUAGUGGUCUCUAUAAUUGGUGGAGGUGCGGCUGGUCUAGCAUCAUGCUACUUUGCCGCGAGGCAGUUGAAAGCGUUAAACAUACCUGGUGUCAACAUAAGGAUUUUGGAGAGGAAGAGUGAGACUGGCAAGAAGAUCUUGAUGUCUGGCGGGUCGAGAUGCAAUGUACUCCCAAAGGUCGUGGAUAUAAAGAAGGACUACUUCAGUGAGGACAUGAAUAUAUGCAGGAGGAUAUUGAAUAGUUGGAACGUACCAGACUGUCAUAAAUGGUUGUCCUCCGAGAUUGGACUGCAACUCGCAUUGGAGGAAGGCUCGAAUAAGUACUUCCCCGAGUCAAACUCGGCAAGGGAUGUACGUGAUCUACUGCUCCAAAGAUGUCAACAAUUAGGAGUCGAGGUCCAGUAUGAUCGUUGUGUCAACAACAUCGUCGCCGACACAUCCGAGGACGACUUUGGCGGCUUCACAAUCACUGGUACGACAGACAAGGACACUCAACAACACUUCAAACUGCGGUCGGAUAUUGUGGUGCUGGCGAGUGGUGGCCUGUCCUUUCCCGCGGUGGGCACAGAUGGUCGCGGCUAUGGCAUCGCCUCACGUCUUGGACAUACAGUGCACCCGACCUACGCCGCGCUGACACCACUCACUGGCACACAUCCUGGCGGCAUCAAUGACUUGCGUGGAGUCUCUUUGAACGUCGAGCUCAAGUGUGGCAACGCAGUGUCCAAUCGAUCUGGCAUGGUCUUUACACACAAAGGCUUCAGCGGACCCUCGGUCCUGGAUCUAUCACAUCACAUUGUCCAACCGCUAACUUUGGCUCAACAACAGUCGCAACAACUAGUCGUGCCCAAGUUGAUUGUAUCAUUCGAUGGCGAGACGCGAGACGUGUGGGCAAGAAGGUUGGCCAACGAGACCACAGAGUAUGGCGGACAGAACAUGAUGGUGGCCAAUCGCAUCGGUCAGUUCUUGCCCUCGCGACUCGUCGACGCGCUCCUUGCCGAGUUGGGUGUGUCUGGCACCACCAAGAUAUGCGAGCUGAAACAGGCGGAUAGGAAGGCGUUGGUGGAGUCGCUGGCCGCCUACCAGCUACAGUGCAGUGGACAUGAAGGAUAUAGAAAGGCUGAGGUCACUGGCGGUGGUGUAUCACUGCGAGACAUUGAUCACCGCACUCUGGAGAGCAAGACAGUACCUGGACUAUUCAUCGCUGGUGAGCUACUUGAUGUCUUUGGUCGAAUAGGUGGCUUCAACUUCUACUGGGCCUGGACAACAGGUCGCGCUGCAGGUCAAGGCGUAGCAGAAAGAAUAAAACAUGGACGACCUACUCAAUGA